GUUUCCUGACAGGUUAAAAUUCGGGCGAAUAACAACUAUGAUAAAGUAGGCGUUUCUUUGAUCGCGUGAUACAGGGAAAUAAAAGCAUAAAAAGGUGCUAAGCGGCUGUCGUUCUCACUUCGGAAACUGACGGAAACGCUGUAGCUAAAGGAUCACUCAAAAAGAAAGAAACAUGGAUACCCGUACUGGUUUCAUCGUUUUGUUCUGCCUAAUGGGACUCACCUGUGCGGAGCCAGUGAAAUUCAUUGACUGUGGCUCCUCCUCUGGCAAAGUGGCCAUAGUGGACAUUAACCCUUGUGCUAGUCAGCCAUGCCAGCUACACAAAGGACAGUCCUACAGUGUUAAUGUGACAUUCAACAGUGCUGUGGUGAGCCAGACGAGCACAGCAGUGGUUCACGGUAUUAUUGCUGGAGUCCCCAUCCCCUUCCCCAUUCCCAUAAAAGAUGGCUGCAAGUCUGGAAUCCAGUGUCCCAUCCAGAAGCAGCAGGUGUAUCACUAUGUGACCACUCUUCCUGUGAAGACAGAGUAUCCUGCAAUAAAGCUGGUUGUGGAGUGGGAACUGAGCGACGACGACCAACAAGACCUGUUCUGCAUCAGGUUCCCAGUUCACAUUGUGAGCUAAACUAGCAACAGUACCUCUCUGAUAAGUGUUUCUUUUUAAAAAGGGAUUCAGCUUUGAGUAAAAACCUAAAGCAUGUUAAUGACACUAGGUUGAGAUCUAAUUUUAUUCAUUCAUCAAAUUGCUUUUUAAGAUGUAGGUCUUUCACUGGUUUGCAAGACUUUGCCACACUCGCACAUCUUGAAUCCUGAAAUAAACAGCUGGUUUUUGCUGUGACCUACCUAACAGUCAAUCUAAUGAGAUGUGGAUGUAAAACAAUGUGGUUUGUGUGAAUAUGACCCUGAACCACAUUCCACUACAAUGCAAUUGUCUUGUCUUACUGACUGCUGUGUAGUCAGAAAAGGUACAUACUGUAAUUCUUUACUAAAACAUUUGUAACAUUUCUUACACUCCUUGUACCGCUAGACUAUGUAUGUAAUUGGGUAUAUGAAAAUAAAUUCUAAUAAA